AAGGCCGAGGGAGGGCUGGGAAAGAAGUCGAAGUCGAAGUCGAGGCGGCGGACCCAGCAAAGCUCCGGGUGCGGGCUCUUUUCAGCUGCCGCCUCUCUUCUUCCCCGUCUUUCUUUCCUUCCUUCCUUCCUUCUUUCCUUCCCUUCCUUUCUGUGAGCUUUCCUCCCGCUGCCCGUUUUCUUCCCGUGCCUUCGUCGUCCUCUUGCGCUGCGAUGCCUCCCAAUUUCAGCGGCUACUACCGGUUCGUGUCUCAGGACAAUAUGGAGAAUUAUCUCCGUGCCUUGGAUAUCAAUGUGGCCCUGAGGAAGCUGGUUUGUCUCCUGAAGCCAGACAAGGAGAUUGUCCACACUGGUGACCAUAUGACUAUUCGCACUUUAACUUCUCUGAAAAACUAUGUCAUGGACUUUGACCUUGGGGUUGAGUUUGAAGAGGAUCUGGGGCCAGUAGAUGGACGCAAGUGCCAGACAACUGUUUCCUGGGAUGGAGAUCAGCUGGUAUGUGAACAGAAGGGAGAGAAACAGAACCGGGGUUGGAGGCACUGGCUAGAAGGGGAUCAACUGCAUCUGCGCAUGACAGCAGAGAAUGAGGUUUGUGUCCAGGUUUUCCAGAAAGUGAAGUGACCUCAAACAUCAUGCCUACCUUGUGUGAUGUGCCAACUUCCAGAUGGACCUGGUAUUGGAAAGUAAACCAGAUGUAGAAUUAAGCAAACUAUUCAUAUCUUUUCCUAAUCUUUCAUCUUUGGAUUAAAACAAUACAGAUGACCAAA